AUGAAGAACCGUAUCAUGGUUGCCCCGAUGUGCAUGUACUCAGCGGAAUCAAAUCCGUCGUCUCCCUUUGUUAGGGCCUUCACAGACUACCAUCCGGCCCACCUUGAUCACCUUGCCCUGAAAGGCGCAGGCUUGGUGACCAUUGAGGCGACCGCUGCUCAAGAAAAUGGGCGUAUCUCGCCAAAUGACUCGGGUCUCUGGCAGGACGGCGUUCAUUCAGAGCAAUUUAAAGGACUCCAGCGCCUUGUGAACUUUGUUCAUAGCCAGGGCGCAAAGGUCGCUAUCCAACUGGCUGGACGAAAGGCUAGUACUGUGGCUCCUUGGAUAGCAGAACAAGCCGGAAAGCGAACCUUAAGAGCCGAUGAGAGAUCUGGAGGAUGGCUCACCAACGUGGCGGGGCCAUCCGGUGGUGACGAACAUAUAUGGGCGCCGGGGGAUUCCUUCUGGCCCCCUCGGGAGUUAAGCACAACCGAGGUUAAGGACGUCAUUAAGGCGUUCGCAAACAGCGCUGCACUCACUGUCAAAGCUGGCGUUGAUAUCGUUGAGAUCCAUGGCGCCCAUGGAUACUUGGUCAGCGAAUUCCUCAGUCCUGUCACCAAUCAGCGAACGGACAGAUUUGGAGGCUCCUUUGAGAAUCGAACUAGAAUUGUUCGCGAUUGCAUCCAGUGUUCGAUCUGUGAUACCUACAGGGGUGCCUCUAUUCCUUCGAAUCAGUGCAACCGAAUGGCUUGA